AUGUCGGCUGUGACCAACCAGCCUCGUCCCUUCGGUCACCUGGAGCGCGAGAAGCACAUUGAAAUGAUUUUUAGGACUUUCCAAAACAGAAAUGGAACUUCAUGUGAGUGCCUUGUUGAGUCUGCCAGACCUCACAAUAAGAGUACUUGUUGGGAAUCUCAGGAGGAACUUUCAAAAAACAAGAAUGAACCAAAAAAACAGAGACAAGAAGAUAAGAGGCCUGCAGGUGCUCAAGGGAUUGACUUGUCGAUUUUGGAUCUGGUUGAGCAGUUUCAUGUGAAUGCUAGACCAGAGUUACAAGGUCCUCACUGUGUCCCCAGGAGGGUGUACAGUAUAUCUGCCAACAGUGACAGGUUGGACCUGCUUGUAGCUAUAGAAGAGAGUUCAUGUUUAUGUCUUCAGUGUUGUGGCCCAGCAAGAGCCUGCUCACUGAAGGGUAUUGACAGUGAAGGUCAUCAUGUCUUUUAUUUUGAAAGACCCUUCAGAAUGGAUGCGUGUUGUUUAAGCUGCUGCCUUAUGGAAAUGAGGGUCUAUACAGCCCAAAGGCAACUCAUAGGAACUGUAUGCCAACGGUGGAGCAUGUUCACCCCUCUUUUAGAAGUAUGUGAUGCAAGUGGAGUGGCGACACUCAGACUUCAAGGCCCUUGCUGUCCGUGUCGAUGCUUAACCAACCAAGAGUUCCAGAUUAUGGCAAACACUGGGGACAGAAUUGGAACGAUAUGGAAGAAGUGGCCAGGUUUUAGUGUUCAACAAAAUAUGGACCAUGAAUAUUUUGGAUUAAAUGUUCCACAGAAUAUGGAGUCAGAGACAAAACUUAUGUUGUUGGGGGCAACAUUUCUUUUGAGCUAUAUGUACUUUGAAAUGAGCUAA